CCAAAACCUGAAAUUCAGAAUGGAUUUGUAAUUGGCCCAUUCGAUGGCAUUGUGUACUACACCUGCAUUAAAGGUUAUAAGCUUUUCAACAAAAGCUGGUGGAGUGCCGCCCAUUGUGAUGACGGAGUGUGGUCUGGACUUGUGUCAGAACGAUGCAUCGAGGAAACAAAAUGUGGAAAAAUUCCAGUAAUUCCUAAUGGGGAAGUGAAACUUCAACAUCAACAUCAUGAUUAUGAACAAAAUGAAAGGGUCGAGAUUACAUGUAACGAAGGAUACCAGGCUCGUUUUGACAGCUUAACUUGUCGUGAGGGACAAUGGCGUUCGGAUGCAUCAUCACUUGAAACAAUCUGUGAACCGUUGCAAAACUGCAGUCUCCCACCCAAAGUUGAGAAUUCAGUUGUGACUUCAUAUAAAGAGAACUUUGAAGUCACUUAUCAGUGCCGUACUGGUUAUGAAAUGGAGGGAGAAAAUACACUUCAAUGUAGAAAUGGAGAAUGGAACCACAACAUUACAUGUACAAAUGCUACCGCAGAUAAAGCAGCUCCUGCAGAUAAAGCAGCUCCUGCAGAUAAAGCAGCUCCUGCAGAUAAUGCAGCUCCUGCAUAUAAAGCAGCUCCUGCAGAUAAUGCAGCUCCUGCAGAUAAUGCAGCUCCCGCAGAUAUUGCAGCUCCCGCAGAUACAUAAUAAUGAUGCUGAUUUGGUAUGAGAGCCAAAGGAGUCUCAGUAAAAAUGCUAAACUUUUCUAUGAUCUUUUUGCAUCAAUUGUUUGUCAGAACACAAAGAAAACAUUUGCCAUGUGCAUUAUUCAUAAUGAUGUAGUAUCUUAAAUGUAAUACAUGAUCCUAAUACAUAUGAUUGUUGGAAAGGGCAACACUGAAUGAUUGAAUCAAUUCUUUGUGUGACAGUGUGAUCUGAAAUGAUGAAGCUAUGGCAUAUUGAAUAAAAG